CACCAUCCGUCGACUAGCUCGCCAGCAAUAAACACCACAUUUUUAUAUUGAACAUGUCUUCAUCAAAUAUGUGCGUGGUCGUGCUGUGCUUCGUUCUGCUUGCGGUCACAGAAGGCCGUGUUAUUAAGACCAAAGAGUUCCCGUUACCAGCCGAGGGUAUCGUUAUGGAGUUCUUAGUGAAGAAUAAAUCAGAUAUGGCUCAUCCUAUAUCAACCUUGAAGAUGGAUAUCGAUCAGCUGACGAAGAAAAUCAUUGUAACACAAUCAGAGGACAAGAUGCCGGUGGUGCGACAUUUAACGCCAAAGCCUGACGUGCCUUCUUUUGAAAAUCGUUUCGGAGUUCGUGUUGGGACCUGUCCAUCAGGAUAUGUAAGACGCGGUACCUUCUGCUUCCCCGAUGACGACUACUGAACGAUAUUUCCAAUAGUUUACUAAUUAAUUUGUUCAAUAUCGAAGAUUCAAUGUACACUUACUUAUGUAAUGGAAAUGUUAAUUUAUUUUUAUUGUUAAAUAUAUUUUUGUUAUCCAAA